CAGCAUCCUUACACAGGCAGGCAGACAAUAGGGUCAUUUUGACCGUUGGGAGUGUGAAGGAGCGGCCGAACAUCCAAUCAACCGACCCGUCACCUUCCGUACCUUUCUGAGUACCGUACUGACACGGCAGGGCGGAGCAGGGUGGUUUCGCCGGUCCAAGACAUCGUCAGUGGUAACCUCAGUGACUCGGUGUUCAUGGGGAAGAGAGCCUGCUAGCGGCAGGCAGAGCUGGAGGACACCGGCGGAGGUGGAAGCAGCCUCUGUGCUAAACAAGACAAACGACCCCUGACAAACAGUCUCUACACGGGAGGGAAACGAUUCCGGCACUGCGUAGACCUGCAGUCCUGACACCUGGGCACUAGAGAAGGCACCCUAAGGUGUUAGGCAGAAAGCACCAUGGCAGGGGCCUCUGUGAAGGUGGCGGUGCGUGUCCGCCCCUUCAAUUCAAGGGAAAUCGGAAAAGAUAGCAAAUGCAUCAUUCAGAUGUCAGGGAACACCACCACCAUCGUCAACCCGAAGCAGGCCAAAGACAACAAGAGCUUCAACUUUGAUUACUCCUACUGGUCCCAUACCUCGCCAGAGGACAUCAAUUAUGCCUCCCAGGUGCAAGUGUACAAAGACAUCGGAGAGGAAAUGUUGCUGCACGCGUUCGAGGGAUACAACGUCUGCAUCUUUGCUUACGGGCAGACAGGUGCUGGCAAGUCCUACACCAUGAUGGGGAAGCAGGACGUCAAGGACCAGCAAGGAAUCAUUCCCCUGCUGUGUGAAGAUCUUUUCACUAAGUUCAAUGACAAUGGAGACAAUAGCAUGUCAUAUUCUGUGGAGGUAAGCUACAUGGAAAUCUACUGUGAACGUGUGCGGGACUUACUGAACCCCAAGAACAAAGGAAACCUGCGAGUGCGAGAACAUCCUCUGAUGGGGCCCUAUGUGGAGGAUCUGUCCAAGCUGGCUGUCACCUCCUACAACGACAUCCAGGACCUCAUGGACUCCGGCAACAAGGCCAGGACCGUGGCUGCCACCAACAUGAACGAGACAAGCAGCCGCUCUCAUGCCGUCUUUAACAUCAUAUUCACUCAGAAACGCCUCGAUGCUGACACUGAUAACACCACUGAGAAGGUCAGCAAAAUCAGUCUGGUGGAUUUGGCUGGCAGUGAGAGGGCCGACUCUACUGGAGCCAAAGGGACCAGGCUUAAGGAAGGAGCAAACAUCAAUAAAUCUCUCACUACACUGGGGAAAGUCAUCUCUGCUUUGGCAGAAGUGGACUCUGGGUCAAACAAGAACAAAAAGAAGAAGAAAGUGGAGAACCACAUCCCCUACCGAGACUCCGUUUUGACCUGGCUACUGAGAGAAAAUUUGGGGGGGAAUUCUCGUACUGCCAUGGUUGCUGCCCUGAGUCCGGCUGACAUCAAUUAUGACGAGACCCUCAGCACACUCAGAUAUGCAGACCGAGCCAAACAGAUUCGCUGCAACGCUGUGAUCAACGAGGACCCCAACAACCGACUGGUGCGCGAGCUGAAGGAGGAGGUGUCCCGUCUGAAAGACCUCCUCUGCUCCCAGGGCCUGGGGGACAUCAUCGACACGUACCGAGCGUCUGGUGCUGACAUAGAGGGUUUGAAAUACCUAUCCGAUCACAAGAACAAUAACUAUAAUGGCCAAGCUGUGAAUCAAAGGGAUGAUUUCUCCACAGUGACCAAUGCCAUGACGGGGAUGAGUCCCUCUCCGUCUCUCUCAGUCCUGUCCAGCCGGGCCGGAUCCAUCGCCAGUCUGCACGACCGCAUCAUGUUCAGCCCGGGGAGCGAGGAGGCCAUCGAGAGGCUGAAGGAAACAGAGAAAAUCAUUGCUGAACUCAAUGAGACCUGGGAGGAGAAACUUCGCCGAACGGAGGCCAUCAGAAUGGAAAGAGAGGCCUUGCUGGCUGAAAUGGGUGUGGCAAUGCGAGAAGACGGAGGGACAGUGGGGGUGUUUUCUCCUAAGAAGACGCCUCAUCUGGUGAAUCUAAACGAGGAUCCUCUGAUGUCUGAGUGCCUGCUGUACUACAUUAAAGACGGGAUCACCAGGGUAGGUCGUGUAGACGCCAACAGUCGUCAGGAUAUAGUCCUCAGCGGACACUUCAUCAAGGAUGAGCACUGCACCUUCACCAGUUCUACUGGUUCAAUGGGAGAGACGGUUGUCCUGGAGCCAUGUGAAGGAGCUGAGACUUAUGUCAACGGAAAGAGAAUGACCGAGCCCACUGUCCUCAAAUCAGGAAAUCGCAUCAUCCUGGGGAAGAGCCAUGUGUUCCGGUUCAACCACCCUGAGCAGGCCAGGGCUGAGAGGGAGAAAACUCCAUGUGCAGAGACCCCCGCUGAGCCGGUGGACUGGGCUUUCGCUCAGAGGGAACUGCUGGACAAACAGGGCAUCGACAUGAAACAGGAAAUGGAACAGAGGCUGCAGGAGCUGGAGGACCAGUAUCGUAAAGAAAGAGAGGAAGCAAACAACCUCCUGGAGCAGCAAAGACUGGAUUAUGAGAGUAAGCUGGAGGCUCUUCAGAAGCAAGUGGACAGUUACUAUCCAGAAACCCUUGAAGAUGAGGAGGAGCCAGAAGAAGAAGUGCAAUGGACAGAGAGGGAACGAGAGCUUGCUGUGUGGAGCUUCCGUAAGUGGCGCUGCUACCAGUUCACCUCUCUGCGGGACCUGCUCUGGGGGAACGCCAUCUUCCUGAAGGAGGCCAACGCCAUCAGUGUGGAGCUUAAGAAGAAGGUCCAGUUCCAGUUUGUGCUGCUGACAGACACCCUCUACUCCCCCCUGCCUCCAGACCUGCUGCCCCCAGAGGAAGCUAAGGACAUAGACAAGAGACAGUUCCCACGCACCAUUGUGGCCGUGGAGGUGCAGGAUCAGAAAAAUGGAGCCACUCACUACUGGACAUUAGAGAAACUGAGGCAAAGACUGAACCUGAUGAGAGAAAUGUACGAUCGGGCUGCUGAUGUACCCAACAACACCACUGAAGACGGGGAAAAUGUGAUGACUGGAGGAGACCCCUUUUAUGACCGCUUCCCCUGGUUCCGUCUGGUUGGCAGAAACCCCAUUUUCAACACAUGCAUGAGCGAGCGCAUGAGUGACCCUACUCCAUCCCCGACCCUCUCCAACUCUGAAAUUACCGAGCUGGCUGAGCUGCAGAGGGAGGGUCGAGGGGAGGAGGAGGAGUUGGAGGAGUUGGAGGACCUGGACGAUGAUAUCUUUUUGGACGACCUGUGCUCGGAGCUCGGGGGAGAGGAUGAUGAUGAUGAUGAUGAUGAUGAUGAUGGAUAUGAUGAUGAGGGAGAGCUCUGCCGUGGCUCCGGCGAAGGCCAGGAUCCCUUUUACGACCGCUCACCAUUAUUCAGUGUAGUGGGAAGGGCUUUUGUUUAUCUGAGCAACCUGCUGUACCCAGUUCCUCUCGUCCACCGGGUGGCCAUCGUGAGUGAGAAGGGAGAAGUGAAGGGCUUCCUCCGAGUGGCGGUGCAGGCUAUAUCAGCUGAUGAGGAAGCUCCAGACUAUGGCUCAGGAGUGAGGCAGUCCGGCACUGCCAAAAUCUCCUUUGAGGAUAAGCAAUAUGAAAAGUUCCAGUCCGAGUCCUGCUCUGUGGGACUCUCCCGCUCAGGGGUUUCACAGGAGGAGCUCCGUUUUGUGGAGGGGGAGGGGCAGGUCGCAGAACUGGGACCCUCAGCCGAUGAGGUCAACAAUAACACAUCUGGUGCCGAUGAGCCCGAGAAUCCAAUAAAGAGUCUGGACGGGCCACUGGACACAGCCCUGGAGCACCUGAGGGUUGGUAAUGUCUUUACCUUCAGGGUGACAGUUCUGCAAGCCUCCAGCAUUUCUGCAGAAUAUGCGGACAUCUUCUGCCAGUUCAAUUUCAUCCACCGUCAUGAUGAGGCCUUCUCCACUGAACCCUUAAAGAACACAGGCCGCGGCCCCCCUCUUGGCUUCUACCAUGUGCAGAAUAUCGCUGUUGAAGUGACUAAAUCCUUUGUGGACUACAUCAAGACUCAGCCCAUUGUGUUUGAAGUGUUUGGACACUACCAGAAACAGCCUUUUCUCCCCCUCUGUAAAGACGUCAUCAGUCCACUACGUCCCUGCAGAAGACAGUUUCCACGAGUGAUGCCUCUGUCCAAACCAGUACCGGCAACCAAGCUGACAGCCAUGACCCGCCCUCAAGCGGGUCCCUGUCACAGCAAAUAUGAUCUCAUGGUGUUCUUUGAGAUCUGCGAGCUGGAGGCCACUGGAGAGUACAUCCCUGCAGUGGUGGACCACAGAGGAGGAAUGCCUUGCCAUGGCACAUAUCUGCUGCAUCAGGGCCUACAGAGGAGGAUCACUGUUACUAUUGUACAUGAGUCAGGAGGUGAGCUGGAAUGGAAGGACAUCCGUGAGCUUGUUGUGGGUCGUCUCCGCAACACGCCUGAAGCUGAUGAGACCAUCAUUGACCCCAACAUCCUGUCUCUCAACAUCUUGUCGGCUGGCUAUGUCAGGCCCAUGCGAGAUGACCGACAGUUUCUUGAUUCGGACAUGCCUAGCAUUUCCUCGGGAGUUGACCAUAGGACUUUCUACCGCUUCGAGGCUGCUUGGGACAGCUCCAUGCACAACUCCCUGCUUCUAAACAGAGUCACUCCGUAUGGAGAGAAGAUCUACAUGACCCUCUCAGCCUACUUGGAGAUGGAGAACUGCACCCAACCCGCAAUCAUAACCAAAGAUAUCUGCAUGGUGUUUUACUCACGAGACACAAAGCUCUCAGCCUCGCGCUCCAUCCGAAACCUUUUUGGCACUGGAAGCCUUAGAGCGGCAGACGGAAACCGUGUUACUGGAGUUUAUGAGGUCAGCAUGUGUAACCUGGCAGAUGCAGGAAGCCCAGGUAUGCAGAGGAGACGCAGGCGGGUGCUGGACACCUCAGUGGCGUACGUCCGCGGGGAGGAGAACCUGGCCGGGUGGAGGCCCCGAAGUGACAGCCUCAUUCUGGACCACCAGUGGGAGCUGGAAAAACUCAGCCUCCUGCAAGAUGUGGAGAAGACCAAGCAUUACCUCUUGCUGAGGGAGAAACUGGAGUCUACAAUGCUCAUGGGCCAGGAUUCCCUGCUGUCCUGCGUCACAGAGGACCUGUGCGAGACUCCUCAGCCACCCGAGGUGGACCAGGAUGUUAGCUGCAGCUCUGAGAUCACUGAGAGGCAGAGGGAGCUCGCUGUCAAGUGUUUGCGGCUACUCACUCAUUCCUUUAAUCGAGAAUACACUCACGUGUGUGUCAGCGCCAGUGAAAGCAAGCUCUCAGAGAUGUCCAUCACAAUGCUCAGAAACUCAGCUUCAAUCUCUGCUCUCAACACCAUCACACCCUCCUCCACAUGCCCUUCGCUGGUUGACGGUUGCUAUGGCAACACUGAACUCAGACCCCCAAUGCCUCGCUCUCGUGCCGUCAGCCCCAGUCCUGACACACAGCAGGACGCAGAUAAGAAGGCCAUCACCGGGAACUCUGAAAGCAAACCCCGGAUCCGCAGGUUCUUCCCCGACAUCCAGGAGAUCAGAGUCAGCCCCAUCGUGUCAAAGAAGGGAUACUUACAUUUCCUGGAGCCGAACACUAACGGGUGGGUGAAGCGAUACGUGGUGGUGCGGCGCCCAUACGUCUACAUCUACAACACAGAGAGAGACUCUGUGGAGCGCGCUAUCCUCAACCUGUCCUCGGCACAGGUGGAGUACAGUGAGGACCAGCAGGCCAUGCUGAAGACCCCGUACACAUUUGCCGUGUGUACAGAACAUCGUGGAAUAUUGCUUCAAGCCAUUAAUGACAAAGAGAUGCAUGACUGGCUCUAUGCGUUUAAUCCCCUCCUUGCAGGAACCAUCAGGUCCAAGCUGUCAAGAAGACGAGCCGGGCCGAUGAGGAUGUGAGACGAGACAGAAGGAUGAACGCAGAGACUAAGAUGUACAUAGUUCUUUGUCCUUGUCCCUCCCCUUGUGCUGAUCCCCCCCCUCCCCCAACCCCACUACAACAGUCUCCAACAACUAUCUUUCCCCUGUACGUUUAUCACUAGUGUCCUCAGCACAUAAAGAGCCCAUUUUUGUGUCAGGCUUUUGCUGCGGUGUGAGUCUGUAGUCUGAAGAAACUCUUCACUUUCCUCUACUGAGGUUUAUUCAUAGCUGGACGAUUGGAGAAGACUGGAGGAAGUAGCACCAGUUUCUUAUCUCAGAUUACAUACAUAUGGUAAUGUACUGUAGUUGUUGUCAGUGACACAUCAAGCCUUAUACAUUUAAUCCUCAAAAAAAUGCAGUGACAUUUAUUUUGACGUGAAGCUGUCAUGUCAGCGAGGAUCACAUUGCUACAUUUGCAUCAGUAAAUAUAGAAAAAAACAUGCAGAAUUUUCACUUCUCUACAGCUAUAUAUAUAUAUAUAUAUAUAUAUAUACAUAUAUAUAUAUAUAUAUAUACAGUGUCUAAACUGGUUUGCAUACAGCUAGAAAAUACACGCUUAAAGAAAUAAAAAUGACAGUUGAGUGUAAGUCUUUAGAAUAAUCUUCUUUUCUGCACCCUGAAUCCAGACACAGAUUAAUCUGCUGUCCUACUCCUAAACCUCUCAGAAACUUUAGCACACACAGCCUGGCGUAGGAACAACUUAUGUUAUGUGGCAUUCUGAUCAAUCCAUGUCCUGUUUUAGCUUCUCUUAGGAGCACCGAGGGUAUCUAGAUUCACACAGAAAGUAAUGUCAUCGCCAUCGAUCCUCCCAAUGUAAUCCCAUUCUCUCCCUGAUUUUGAUUUGUUUAAAAUGUGAUAUAUUUAGAUAUUUAACAGCUUUAUUAUUUAUUUCUGCAUGUAUUUAUUUACAAAGACAUUUAUAUUUCUAACAUAAUAGUACUGUGCAAUUUCUGCACAUCGCACUUUUUAAUAUGAGUUCCUUAUGUUUGAAGAAGACAACCUUGUCCCCAUGCAGUUAUUGCUUAAAACUGCUAAAUAAUUUAUAAUUGGCCACUUUCUUUGUGAAGCUGAAGAUUACUUGAAUAAUACUAUCCCCUUUAAGAUUAGGAUAGUCACAGCUGACCUUUGACCGCUACUAAUAUACAUCUGGAAAGGUCAAUGUGUUGUCAGAUAUAAGGAUGGCCUGUCCAUCCGCAGCUGCACAGAGCUACCUUUUUCAAUAAUCAAAAGUAUAAAUGUCCUCACAGUACAGAAUAAGAAACUUGUUUUCUGAAUGAUAUGUAUAUUGAUUAAAUGUAGUGCCUCUCUUUUCAAUCAGACUGUACAGUAUGCCUCUGCAUCAGUUGCUUUGAAACAACAUCCUCCAUGCUGCUACUAUACUGUUCUGGAAGUGUCUGCAGAUCAUACCACAUCGCCUUCCUGCUUAUCAUCAUCACCUACAUCAUCAGACAGAAAUCUAUUACAUAUCUUAACUGCCAAUCAUUAAUUGUCCAUAACACAGAGUAUACUUCAUUUUUAUAAAGUAAAAAUCCUACUUAACCAUAUGUAAGGAUUUUGUAAAACAUUUAAGCUUUGAAUGAAAAAGAAAAUCAAUGCUGUUCACAGUGCAGUUAGUCAGUGCAUGUUGAACAUCUGAUUGUAACUGAGAGGAAAGCAAAAUCAUUUUGUUGAUGCAUGUUUCUAAGUCUGAUCUUCUUAAAGGUGAUUUUCAGGAGCAGUAUGUAACAUUUCUGUGGUGUGUUUCUUCUGGACAGUAAUCAUGAAUCGUGAAUAUUUAAAACAUGCAGUAGAGGUGCACUUAGGGCUCUUGUGGCCUAAAUGAGUAUUACAACAACCACCAAGAACCAAACAUUUAAAUUAAACUUCUUUACUUACAAAAGAUGUGAGGAACUAAGAAAUAUUAUCCUGGCAAAACCUUUUUCUCCACCUGUAACUUGUAACCAUAAGAAAGAAAAGCUAUUACAAUCAGACUUAGAAAAUGUGCUUCUUUCGAUCUUUCGAUUAAUUAUCUUUUUUCCAUACAUUCCUGAUCAUCAUGAAUCUCAAACAGACAGAUUCAGUGUGUGAGAUGUUGUGUGAAGUUUAAGGAUGAGCAUGCCUCAGGUCAGACAGCCUAGAGAGCAUGCUACAGUAGAGACAUUUCACCUGCAAACUAAGACAACAUCUCACAGCAGUAAACUGGUAACAAUGUGAUGUGUUGUAAGGUGGCACGCCAAUGGGAGCAGAGGGUUCAAUUCUAACUGCAGUUUAAGAUUUUUUUCAAUUCAGGCAUAUAUCCUGAGACAGUAUUCUGUGUGUUGUGGGCAAUUGUUUGAAGUGAUCCGGUAAAACCCUUGUAAAUCCUUCAUAACUGUCACUAGUUGUGACUAAUCAGGCGGUCUUUUCUUUUGUUGGCUGAGUCCUGUGAUCACUGUUGCGAUCACAGACUGCCCUGGCAGAGACUGCAGUUUUAGUUUAUCCAGCAUCAUCAUGGAGAGAAAGCCCUGCUGUACAUUACACCAUCUAAAGCACUCAUUUGUGUCUCAUUUCCUUUAAAAACACAAUCUUAAAAUGUGAUCCUCGGAUUGCUCCAGUUUGAUAUUUGUGUUGAGAUUAUUCCUCGUGUUUUUAAUGGGCCUCUAAGUAUGUCACUUUUGAGCCAACCAAAGUUUUCUUAGUGCAGUCAAACACAAACAAUCACACUGAAUGUACAUUGAUAUUUGAAAAAAGGGAUUCUGCUGGAGUGGUUGUGUUGUCUUUUGUGUUCAGUCUGAUUCCUGAUUGAUUGUAGGUGGGUUACUAUCAGGGAACCAAAUGGAAGUGUGGGAUAAACCUGUAGAGUAGUAACCUAACUGUCACACUUUCACUAUUAUCUCAACAUCACCAUCUCACAUCAUGCGAUCAGCCUUCACAAGAUCUACCUUUUCUAACCCCAUUUGAAAGAUAUCUACAUUUUUGUGCUUCCACAUUUUUAUUUAUUUUCAAGUUGCACAAGAGCAUUUCUGUUGUUCCUUCUUCAAAUGACUUUGCAUUGUAUAUAAACAUGAUUGCUGUGAACAGUGUAUUAUAAAGUUGCACCCAUUUUGAAAUCUGAAAUGGGCAGUAGUUCAGUCGGUGUCUCUGAGUGUUGGAGUUUAGCGUCAAAUGUUUGUGUACACUAAACACAUUGUCAUAUAUUAAAUAAACAUGGACA